AUGCCUAUCUUUGAGAGGCAAAAUUUUCGAUUCGGCCGGUCAGAGAGCAACGCAGGCGGUCCCACGGUAUCUGUAGGACCGGAAAUCAUCAUUGCCGACUGGUUGCUGGUCUGCGUGUCGGCUUUGUUCUUUGGCCUCCGCAUUUACAGCAAGUUUCUGCGGAAAACAUCUUUGUGGUGGGACGAUCAUGUUCUCGUUGUCGCCUGGCUUUGCCUCAUACUCGAUGCCAUUGUCAACACCAUCAACAUUCGUCUUGGCUUCGGGAAACACAGGGACAACAUAAAGCACGACCACCUCAAGCAUAUCAAUACUCUCACGCGCCUCUCCACCACGGCAAUGAUGCUGGGUGCUGUCUGGAGCAAGACUUCAUUUGGCCUGACUGUUUUACGCCUUAUACGGGACAGAGCAAAGGUUAGGGCACUGGUCUUGAUCAUCAUUGCAACCAUGAACUCGUUCAUAAUCUUCAACGUGGUAGCGGUAUGGGUACAAUGUGGAGUUGACGACAAUGGGAAUUUAGAAGACAAAACAUACUGCUUGAGCAAGAAAUUCACGGUUUCUUCUAUGAUGUUCGCUGGAAUAUACUCAGGUCUAAUGGACGUUGUGCUUGCAAUCUUGCCCUGGUGUCUGAUAUGGAGCCUGCACAUGCAACGAAAGGAGAAGAUUGGAAUCGGUAUUGCCAUGAGCAUGGGUCUCUUACUCAUCAUCUGGGGCGCCGCCGAAGUAGCCACAACCAUCUGCGCAGCCUCCAUCCCACAAUUCCGCGUGUUAGCCCGCGAAGUCGUCAUCAUCACGCAUCGGAGGCACGAAGAAAACACCCACGGGCAUCAGUUGCAGCAGCACCAUCAGCAGCACCACAUAAUUCGGCUAGAAAAACACACUGAAGCAAGCCAUGAUUCUGGUUCUGGCUCUGGGGCCGGUGCUGGUGCGGUUAAUACCCCAGGGCCAGUGACACUCCAGCCACGGCCAUCAAUGACAACCGUCCAAGUGACCUCCUCCGGGUACGCACCCACAUCCACGACGGUGGCCACGGCUGAUAAUCGGUCAAACAACUCGAGCGUUAGCAGCUAUACGGGACUACUUAGGGGUGUCUUUGAGGUUGGUGUUGAACGGACCCAGAGCAAGAGCAAGAAGCAGGAGCGGGAGCGGGAGCGGGAGCAGGACGGACAUGGACAUCCACAUCCACAUACCAAUGUCCCUCGAGGAAUGGGGAUUUUGCAGACGCAGGAGGUUAAGGUUCAGGUGCAUGAUAGGGAUGUGGAUUUGCGCGAACUGGGAUUAAAUUCUGGCAAGAUGGGAGAUUUUAAACACUAA